AUCCUUCCGUCUGCUUCUGUACCCUCUCUCCAAGACUCUCUCUCUCUCUCUUUUUCUCCCACUUCAAACGCGUGUCCCUGUCCGCUCCUCUCGUCGCCGCCGUCUCCGUCCUUGCACCUAGCUCUAUCUCUCUCCAUCUAUCGCGUACGCUCCUUGUUGCUCCAACACCUGGCUCGCGACGCGACUCUCCGCUCCGCUCCGGAUACACAGCGGCUUCGUCAACGCGCCGCUGUCGUCUUCGCGGUCGCCGUCAUCGUCGGUCGUCGCCGGCGCGCGGUGCAUACACACGUUCGUAUGCACUCCGUGAGAAGGAGAGAGAAGAAUUCGCAGUGCCACGUUUCGAUGUGCCCGGUCGUCGCCGUGUCGCGCGUGUUUCCUCCGCAGCACGAGGAGUAGUGAACUGUGCGCGGGCGCCGGACGACGCGAACCGCAAGCGAGCGGCGGUCGCUCGUUCGCAUUUCCAAGCCUCGGUGUGUUGCUCGUACGCGGGUGUCAGUGACAUUAUUCUAGUCUAGUUUUCCAUCUUCGUGUUGUCACUGACAGCAGCACGACGGCGAGUCGGGUGUUUUUCGAGAAUUCACAAAGUGCCAUAUCGUAUAAGAGGUUGAGGCGACACGCUCUCAUUUACAUACGCCGCGCGGCAGAUUGGAAUCCGAAGGUGAGGGAAUCCUUGGCCGAUUCCUCGAACGACGGGAGGGUCCGAGAGAAAACCGAUCGCGUUCCAGCCGAAGCUGGUGCACGUUGUGGUAAACAACGACGAAUAAUCGGCGGAUACCACGGAGAUUCGCGCGUAGUACAUUCCGCUGCGCUGUCGAAUAUACGGCGAUAAAAACGAGAAGGAAACACGAGACUAUUCAACGAACGACGAGCUGAAAAGCCGAGAGCUCUUCCAACUCGAGAGCGAACUUUGAGAGAAAAAAUUUACGAAAAUGUAAGAAGAAUAUAUUUACGCGACUGGAAGCCAACAAACUAGGCGUGUCCAGGUAUACUUCGAAAGAACGCGAGAUUUCUACGAACACAAACGUCGAAUGGUGAACGCGAUUUAAACGCGGAAUAAGCGAGCUAAUCGAGCCCUGCCGCCGGCUGUUGUCAGGGCGGCGGAGAACGGUGCCGGUUCCGCGUUCUCGUGUCGUGAAGUGUGUCAUGAUAGUUCGCGCGUGAGCUGGGCAUGAACGUUGAAACCUGCACCCUUUACUUCGCUGGGACGGCCCGGGGCCCGGAGAAGGACAGGAUGUCGACCCAGGCUUACUACAAGGAGCGGCUCGGCUUCGACCCGGCGGACACCGUCGCCGAGCAUCAGCGCGAGCAACGCUCUCAGCACGGUUACGAGGAGUCACUCUCCAAAUUCAAAGACGAACGAGACGCUAUACAGAAGAAGACCUUCACGAAGUGGGUGAACAAGCAUUUGAAAAAGGCGAGCAGACAUGUCGGGGACCUGUUCGAGGAUCUACGCGACGGCCACAAUCUCAUCUCCUUGCUGGAAGUGCUCUCGGGCGAGCACCUUCCGCGGGAGAGGGGCCGAAUGCGCUUUCACAUGCUGCAGAACGUGCAGAUGGCCCUCGAUUUUUUACGAUACAAGAAGAUCAAGCUGGUCAACAUCCGGGCGGAGGAUAUCGUGGACGGUAACCCGAAACUCACACUCGGCCUGAUAUGGACUAUUAUCUUGCACUUCCAGAUAUCGGACAUUGUGGUUGGUCAGGAACCGAACGUAACGGCGCGUGAGGCCCUUCUGAGAUGGGCUCGACGAUCAACAGCCCGAUAUCCUGGAGUACGGGUGACCGAUUUCACCUGUUCCUGGAGGGACGGUUUGGCUUUCAGUGCUCUUCUCCACAGGAACCGGCCGGAUCUGGUCGAUUGGAGAACGGCGCGUGCAAGCCAGCCGCGAGAGCGGCUCGAUCGGGUCUUUUUCGUCGCCGAGCGCGAGUACGGCGUUACCAGGCUUCUCGAUCCAGAAGAUGUUGAUACCCCCGAACCGGACGAGAAGUCCUUGAUAACGUACAUCUCUUCGCUCUACGACGUGUUCCCGGAGCCGCCGGCCAUUCACCCUCUGUACGACGCCGAGGCGCAAAGACGGUCCGCGGAAUAUCGUGAGCUUGCAAGUUCGCUUCAUAUGUGGAUCCGCGAAAAAAUGGCCCUCAUGCAAGAGCGAUCUUUCCCGCCGACUCUGAUCGAGAUGAAGAAAUUAGCGGCGGAUAGUACGAAGUUCAAGAACGAGGAGGUACCGCCACGAUACAGGGACAAACAAAGAUUGACGUACAUCUUCCGAGACUUGCAAAAGUAUUUCGAAGCGGUUGGCGAAGUGGACAUGGAACCAGAAUUACAUAUUGAUGUCAUCGAAAAGAAUUGGAAUCGCUUAAUAAUGUUGCAUCAGGAGCGCGAACAGGCUAUUAUAGACGAAAUUAAACGACUCGAGCGACUGCAACGACUCGCCGAGAAAGUGCAUCGUGAGAUGAAAACGACUGACAACAGAUUAGAGGAGCUCGAGAGACGUGUGGAGGACGAAGCACGCAGGCUCGAUCGUCUUCAUCCUUUGGAGGCGAAACACGCGGUGGACCUGCUGGAACAGGACAUACGCAGUACGGAAACUCAGAUACAGAAUAUAUUUACCGAUGUGCACACCCUUACGGAGGGUAGAUACAGUCAGGCGCCCGAGCUUCAUAAGAGAGUACAGAAAUUGCAUCAAAGAUGGGUUGUACUACGAUCUCUCCUGCAUAGGCGUCUGGUACAACCUCUCUCUGCGGUUUCCUUCCCUGUGGAGGAACGUGUUGUCACGAAGCAUCGCACUACCGUCCAUGAAACACGAUUGGUUGAUACCAAUCCACACUUCCGCGCGUUACACGAUUGCAUAGAUUGGUGUAAGAGCAAAUUGAAGCAUCUACAAGAAGCUGAUUACGGAUCAGACUUGCCUAGCGUGCAAAAUGAAUUGGAUGUACAUCAACGAGAGCACAAAAACAUCGAUCAGUUCAAAGCCAAGGUCGACAAGUGCGUGCAGGCAAAGAACAAUUUCCAUGGCGAGGAACUCACGUUGUACAGCCAGCAUCUUAACACUCUGCAGAAACUUUAUGCCGAGCUUCUUAACGUAUCGAGUAAGAGACUUUCUGAUUUGGAUACCCUGCACGAUUUUAUACAAUCGGCUACUGGCGAAUUGGUUUGGUUGAACGCCAAAGAGGAAACAGAAGUUACGCGCGAUUGGAGCGACAAGAAUCUCAAUGUGCAGAACAUCGAGCAAUAUUACGAGUCUUUGAUGAGCGAUUUAGAGAAACGUGAGAUACAAUUUUCGGCAGUGCAAGAUCGUGGUGAGGCGCUUGUCCUUCAGCAUCAUCCUGCGGCGAAAACGAUCGAAGCUUACAUGUCCGCGAUGCAAACUCAAUGGGCCUGGUUAUUACAACUCACUCUCUGCCUUGAAGUACAUCUGAGACACGCCGCGCAAAACCAACAAUUUUUCAAAGACAUUCAGCAAGCCGAACAGUGGAUUUCUAAGCAAGAUGAAACACUGAAUACCAUUUACUCGCAAUCCGAUUUCUCAUUGGAUGAGGGAGAGCGGCUUCUGAAGGGCAUGCAAGAGUUGCGCGAGGAGCUUAAUAAUUAUGGUGAUCACGUACAGAGACUCGUGGAGAGAGCAAAGGACAUCGUUCCUAUGAAGCAACGCAAACAACCAGUUAUGCGACCGUUACAGGUCACUUGUAUCUGUACCUACAAACAAGUCAAUAUGUCCAUCGAGAAAGGAGAACAAUGUACGCUGUACGAUAAUUCCGGCAGAGUUAAAUGGCGCGUCAAGAACACGCAGGGAGUGGAAUCUCCUGUACCAGGUGUCUGCUUCGCGCUGCAACCUCCCGAUAAGGAAGCAUUGGAGGCUGCGGAAAGAUUGAGACGACAAUAUGACAGAAGUGUUGCUCUCUGGCAACGAAAACAAUUGAGACUAAGACAAAACAUGAUAUUCGCGACUAUCAAGGUAGUCAAGGGUUGGGAUCUGCCGCAAUUCUUGGCGAUGGGACAGGAUCAACGUACAGCUAUCAGAAAAGCGCUGAAUGAAGAUGCAGAUAAGUUACUAUCCGAAGGAGAUCCGGCGGAUCCACAACUCAGGAGAUUGAAACGCGAGAUGGCGGAUGUUAAUCGACUGUUCGACGAUUUCGAGAAGCGCGCCAGAGCCGAGGAAGAAUCGAAAAAUGCCGGACGCAUUUUCAACGAUCAAGCGUCUUCGCUUCAGCAGGCACUCGACGAAGCCGAGCGAGUACUGAACGCGCGCAUAGCCGCGCCCUUACCUCGAGAUCUGGAUAGCUUGGAACAUCUCGUAUUGCAGCACAAAGACUACGAGCAGAAUCUGCAACGCUUGGCGCCGGACGUGGAACAAAUGCAACAGACGUUCCGCGGAAUUACUCUGAAGACUCCGGCGAUGAGAAAUAAACUCGAUAAUAUCACGAGCAAAUGGAGUCACUUAUGGAACCUGAGCAGCUUGUAUGUUGAGCGCUUGAAGUGUGUCGAGAUUGUGCUGUCCAGCCUCGAAGAAAACACGACGGCAAUCUCCGAGUUUGAGAUUAAAUUGGCCUCCUUUGGCGAGUUACCAUCGGAUGUAAAGGGUUUGCAAAGCGUGUUGGAAGAUCUGAUGGUUCUUCAGAAUGCAAUCGCACAGCAACAAGUGUCAGUAGAUCAAUUGAAUGAAGAUGCGCAUAACGCCAGGCGUCUUGUAGAGAAAUCAAGGCCGAAUCAUCGAGGUCCGCACGGCGACAUGGACAGAUUGGACGCUGAGGUUAACAAACUAAACGCGCGAUGGACGAACGUCUGCGGGCAGCUGGUCGACAGACUGCGUAGUGCCGAAACAGCCUACGGAUUGGCGCAGCAGUAUCAAAACUCGUAUCAAAACGAGGUGGACUUUGUCGAUGAAUCAUACGGAAAAUUAGAGCUGGAGAACACGAAGAACCUGUUGAGCAAGGUGUUGGAUCGCACGCCGGCAAUCGAAGCGGUGAAUCUCACGGGCGGUAGAUUGAUCCGUGAAGGGAAGAUUUACGGACAAAGGCUCCGAGCGUUCAAAGAACAAUUGGAAGAUAUCUGCCCGUCGUUGGACGCAUCGGUGAAGAGGCCACGGAGAGAUUCCGUUAUUACGGUCGAUAAUGUUGCGCGCGAUCUAGAUACCCUGAACCGAAGAUACACGACCCUCGUGAAUCUGCUUGAGGAACGAGUUAGGCAGCUGGCACUACUACAUCCUCAGGACACUUCCUUACAGCGUGUUCUUCAAGAACAAAGGCCACUGCGGACGUUCCGCACAGAGUUCAACAUAUAUGAAAGCACUACUAGCGAGGAGCGUUACACAUCCACAACCACACACUACACCCAGUCACAAUAUACUACCGAGAGGCAUGAGUCCACCGAGACGACUUUCUCGAGCGAGACUUCGAAGCGAAGUUACAAUGCGGAGCAGGCCGUGUAUCGUCCUAAUGACGAGACCACCAGCCUGGGUGCGGUUCAACCCGUCGGCGUCGGUGAUACCCUGCUCAAACGCUCGCACGAGAGCGGUACGACGAACUAUGACAGGCGACAGCAGCAGCACGAGUCCGUCGUGGACGGCGGGUUUAGUAGCGAGCUUAGAGGGGUCGACGAUAGGGGUAAUAUUAGAGAAUCGGUUCACUUGAUGGACGUUAAACGUAUCAUAGAUGAGAGUACCGGCAAAGUCCUUAGCGUGCGCGAGGCGAUUCGGCUCAAGAUUCUCGACGUUAGGAAACUUAGGAUACUGACAUCGAGCGAUGGCAGGACGAGCUUGUCGAUCCAGGAGGCCGUGCGUGACGGUAUCAUCAGCGCGGAAAUGGCCGAUUGGCUGUUAACUCCAAACGAUCGGGUGUCUAUGCUCGCGGCGAUGAGUGAGGAGUUCGACGAACAAGCCGACAUCGCGGAUCGUGUUAAGCAAGCGGUGGAGGAGAAGUACAAGCUCUGCGAUGAGACACUAUCUAAGCUUCUGCAGUGGGUCUCCGAAGUUGAGGAUAGACUGGCGAAUCAAGAUACCGUCAAGGAAGACGUAGAGGAAUUGAGAAAACAAAUAAUUAUCAUGAAAGAAAUAAAGGAGGAUCUUGAAUCGCACAGUCGACCUGUAUCAUCCUGCCUAGAUCAGAUUCGACAAGUCGUCUUGACUGGCAGCAACGUGUUAUCUAGCGACGAAGUGUCCACAUUAGAGAAGAAUGGUCGAUCUUUAAAAACUCGAUUCGACAAAGCAUUAGAUCGUACUGACAAAUUAGUGAAACGUCUUAUUGGUGCGAGAGAUGAACUAACAAAGUUCAAGAAUGAGUUGAUGACGUUCUCAAUUUGGUUGGACAAAGCCAGAAGCGUGCUCGAGGAUAAGGAGCGUUCCUUGUCCGAUCUGAACAAACUCAGUACCAGCACAGAUACAACUCGCGAUUUCAUCAGUGAUGUUAUUGCUCAUCAAGCAGAUUUGAGAUUUAUUACAAUGGCCGCACAGAAGUUCGUUGAUGAGAGUAAAGAAUAUCUCCAAGUUCUUAACGACUUCAGGACCAGCUUGCCACAAAGAUUGCCACAUAAAGAGCCCACAGCUAGCCAAGAUUCACCGGUACGAGCCGAAGUAUCCAAUGCAACUGCUCGAUACAAAGAUCUACUAUCCCGAGCAAAUCUCCUGUCAGACAGAUUGUCGGGAGUUGGCGGCAAACAGAGAGAUUACCACGAUUCUUUGGACAAAGCUAGAACGUGGUUGAGAGACGUUGAGCCGAAAGUUAUCAGAGUUAUUUCCGAAUCUGUUGCCGCGGAACCGAAACAAGUAGAGGAUCAAUUGAGCAAAGCUAAGGCAUUGAACAACGAAUUCCUUGCUAAUGAACGUCUAAUCGACAAUGCUAAACACAGCGUUGAGGCGCUGUUACAUUCUUUGGAAGGCCAAUUAACGAUCAACGAGGCUAGAGGGCUUGAGGAACCAGUGAAGGCAGUAGAAGAUAAGUACAAACAACUCAGUAAUGCUCUGGCUGAUAAAUGUCAAGAACUUGACACAGCGUUGGUGAGAAGUCAAGGAGUGCAAGAUGCAUUGGACAGUCUGGUUGCAUGGCUGAACAAUGUUGAAAGUCAAUUUAAGUCGCUUCAACGUCCGGCAAGUUUGCAGAAGGAACGUUUGGAGGAACAACAAAGAGAACAGCGAUUACUUCAAGCAGACCUAGAUAGCCAUCGUUUGAGCGUAGAAACUAUUACAGCGAAUGCUCAGGAUCUGCUCUUGAAUUCGAGCAAUGUUCGCAUUGCCAAACGCAUCGAAAGCAAGCUGAAGGAUGUGCAAAGUAGAUUUGAGAAAUUGAUGGACAAAUCCUUGAGGCGCGGUGAAUUCCUGGAUGAAAUCGCGCAGGCCCUGAACGAGUUCCUCGGAGACGUGGCCAAAUUCGAGAGUUGGUAUGCGCAUAUGAUGGAAGUUCUCGAUUCGAGAGAUCUAAACAAGCUUGACAUGUCAGAAUAUGAGGCUAAGAUGGCUCAACUGAUUGACAUGCGCGAGGAUCAGCGUGGAAACUUCGAAGAUCUCGUACGUAAUGGAAAGAAUCUGAUUUCUAAGAAGGAUAUAACCGAAGCAGGCGCGAUUAGAGAUAAGAUCAAAGCACUCGAGUCUCAGUGGAAGGAACUGAACAAUCUGCUCGACGAGAAACAACGAUUGUGCAAAUCUAGGGCGGAACAACACACAGCCUAUGAGAAGUUGCGGGAUCAAAUACUCGAUUGGCUUACUCGUACAGAAAACAAGGUGCAAGGACUCGAGCCGGUCGCCGUAGAUUUGGACAAAUUGAAAAUACAGCAAGAGGAUUUGAAGCCCAUACAAAAAGAAUAUCGCGAUUACGGUAAUACGGUCGAUAAAAUCAAUGAUCUCGGUAUUGCUUAUGACAGUUUGAUGAAGGAACGCGGCGAAAGUCCAACGCGUCGACGUGGCAGUACUAGUCCAACGAAGAGACCAGUACUGCGAAUGUCACAAGACGGUCGCUCGCCGUCACCCACUAAAUCCUACGCGGUUCAAAGUCCGGUCUCCCCAGGUGGUAGCAGUGGAUUCAGCAGCCGCCGUUCGAGUCAAGAUGGUUUCCAUCUCGAGGAAUUAUCGCCUGUUCAACAGCAACUUUCGGAAAUUAAUCACAGAUACGGAUUACUCGGUGUCAGAUUGUCGGAUCGCCAAACGGAGUUAGAUAAUAUUAGGGAGGAAUUGAAGAAACAUUUGGACCAUUUGAAAACACUCUCACAAUUCUUGGAUAAGAUUCAGCGGCAAUUGCCUAAAGAAAGCAUGCCCGCAACUAAAGAUGAUGCGGACAAAACGGUCAAGCAAGUUAAGGUUCUCAUUGAGGAGAUGUACGAGAAACAAUCUCUGCUGGAUAGUACUCGAACGCAAGUGCGUGAUUUAGUCAGACGUAAGAAAGGAGCUGACGGAGUGGAUAGAUUGAACGACGAAAUGGAAGACGUUGCUAGUCGGUGGAGAUCAAUUUCGGACAGAUGCAAGGACCGAAUUAAAUUCCUAGAAGAUAUUAAAGAUUUUUAUGACACAUAUGAUGGUCUUAACUCUUGGCUUGGCGCUAAAGAGCGUAUGCUGGGCGCUUUAGGACCAAUUUCGGCUGAUCCUCGUAUGGUCGCAAGUCAAGUGCAACAAGUACAGGUUUUGCGAGAAGAGUUUAGAACUCAGCAACCGCAAUUGGAUCAUCUCGUACAAAUCGGAGAAAGUAUCCUGGUCACGAUAUCCAUAGAUUCAAUAGAUGGUCAGAAGAUAAAUGCGAAAUUGCAGAGUAUUUUACAAAGGUGGGCAGAUCAAAUGGGAAGAUUAGACGAAAGGGCUCAGAGUUUAGGUGACGCUGUUGAUACUAGUCGUGAAUUCGAUGCCAGCCUUAAUCGGCUGCGAGACGCUCUACAAGGAAUCUCAGAUAAUUUAGACGAGUUGACUCUUGAGAAGGAUCCCGAAGAGCAGCUUCGUAAGAUCGAGAAUCUGGAAAGACAAUUGGAAGGUCAGAGGCCAUUGUUAGCGGACGUGGAAAUGGCCGGUGCACAGCUGUGCGAGGUUCUAAGUGAUCCAGCGUCGAGAUCCGAGAUUCAAGGAAAGCUUGCUACAGUCGGCAAGAUGUACAGUAAUUUGCAAAAGAAACUGGAUUAUAGAAAAGCAGAAAUCGAAGGUAAUCUGCGAGAUGGAAGACAAUUCGAGGCCUCCUGUAGCAGAACUUUGGGAUGGCUCGCGGACGAACUUGGAAACAUGUCUGAAAAACUGCUAGUGUCUGCUGAUAGAGAAAUAUUGCAACAGCAACUCGAUCAUCACGAGCCUGUUUAUCGUAAUGUGAUGGGUAAAGAGCACGAAGUCAUAAUGCUGUUGAACAAAGGACGCGACAUACUUUCGCGGUCUCAGAAAACUGAAAACCGUUCGCUUCAACGUGAUUUGGAUAAGAUGCAGUCACAGUGGGACCGUUUGAAGAAGGAUACUGUCGAAAGGCACACUCGAUUGCAGACCUGCGCAGAACAUUGCAAAAAAUACUAUAAAGCUCAAGAUAUAUUUCUUCCAUGGCUUCGACAAGCCGAGGAUAAAUUGGAUAGUUUGAUCCCCACUUCCUUUAGACGCAAGGAUAUCGAGAAACAACUGAAAGAAUUAUCAUCAUUUAGGAACGAAGUAUGGAAACAUUCCGGAGAAUUUGAAAAUAACAAGAUGCUAGGCGAGACAUUUGUUGGAGCUUGUGAUAUUGAUAAACAAAAUGUAAAGAACGAACUUAGUGCUAUGAGAACUAGAUGGGAUAAAUUAAACAAUGACUUGCUGUCUAGAACACAAUCUUUAGAAGAUACCGCACGUCACCUAAUGGACUUCAAUGAAAACUUACGCGAUUUGCAACAUGGCUUACAACGUUGUGAAGAUAAGUUGGCUUCACACGAUGCUCUUGGCGGAGCGGCUAAAGAUCCAAAACUUCUUGAUAGAAUAAAGAAUUUGCGAGAGGAAACAACGAGCUUGAAGAAACCUUUGCAGUGUGUAAGACAACAGGCUAACGAUCUUGUGAACAAAGCCGGCGAGCAAGGCGUCGAUGCGACACAUCUACAAGAUGAGAUUGAUAAUGUUACCGAUCGCAUUAACGACCUGCAAGCGAAACUAGAUGACAGAUGCAACGAACUGCAAAGUGCAGCGACAGCAGUCGCGCAAUUUAAUGAUCAAGCGAAACUGAUCAAUCAACAUUUGUCUGCUCUUGAAAAAGAUCUAGAUUCCAUGAAAGCACCCGGUAGAGAAAUCAAGAUUGUAAGAGCACAAUUGGAGGAUAUUGCCAAGAUUGUUAGCAGAAUUAACAAACUCUAUGAAGAAAUUGGCGAUCUGGAGAAUCGUGGCGAACGUUUGGUUGAUUAUGGUUUCGCUGCUGAUGCUGUAGCCACAAGAGAUCAGGUUGACGGAUUUAAACGGCAAAUUGGCAAACUGGAUGAGCGGGCGCGUACCAGAGAAGAUGAACUCAUUUCUACUUUGAACAAAUUACAAGAGUUCUAUCAAUUGCACGCAAACGUUAUGGAGGGUAUCAAUGAUGCAAACGAACAAGUCAGAAGAUUUAAACCUGUGGGAUCCGAAGUGGACUCUAUUAAAGCUCAACAAGAAGACUUCAGAACUCUCAAAGUUAAAAAGAUCGAACCACUGGCACACGCCGUUGAAGAUUGUAACGCGCUCGGUCAAGGCCUCAUACAAACUGCAGGACGAGAUGUAAAUACCAUUAAUAUCGAAAAAGACGUCGAUAAAAUGAAUGAAAGGUGGAACGACUUAAAAGAUAGACUAAACGAGCGCGAUCGCAAGUUGGAUGUUGGAUUAUUGCAGUCGGGCAAGUUCCAAGAGGCUUUAGAUGGUUUAGCGAAAUGGUUGACCGAUACGGAAGAAAUGGUUUCGAAUCAAAAACCACCUUCUUCAGAUUACAAAGUCGUGAAGGCGCAAUUGCAAGAACAGAAAUUCUUGAAGAAGAUGUUGAUGGACCGACAAAAUUCUAUGACGUCUCUCUACAAUAUGGGACGAGAAGUAGCCGCCGAUGCGGACCCGAAGGAACGUAAGGCCAUUGAGAAACAAUUGAAUGAUCUAGUGGGCAGAUUUGAUAAUCUGACGGAAAGCGCCGCAGAGAGAAUGGAUGCUCUUGAGCAAGCAAUGGUGGUAGCGAAACGAUUCCAAGAUAAGUUAGUACCACUUACUAUCUGGUUGGAUAAGACGGAGAAGAAAGUCAGGGACAUGGAAUUAGUUCCUACCGACGAAGAGAAAAUACAACAGCGUGUCAAUGAACAUGAUAUACUUCAUGAGGAUAUUAUAUCGAAGACACCAGAUUUCAGCGAACUCACAGAGAUAGCUAGCCAACUUAUGUCGCUAGUAGGCGAAGACGAAGCUACUACGUUGGCUGAUAAGCUUCAGGAUGCGGCAGAUAGAUACGCAGCUUUGGUUGAACGAUCCGAAGCUCUUGGUAGCUUGUUACAACGUUCGAGACAAGGCUUACGUCAUUUGGUUCUCACGUAUCAAGACUUACAAGCAUGGAUGGAGAACAUGGAGAUCCGAUUGUCGAAGUAUCGCAUCUUGGCUGUACAUACGGAAAAGCUUUUACAACAAAUGGAAGAUCUCGCAGAUCUUACAGAAGAAGUAUCUACGCGACAAACGGAAGUCGACAGUACCGUAGAUUCCGGCCUAGAACUGAUGAAACACAUCUCGAGCGACGAAGCACUUCAACUAAAGGACAAAUUGGACUCUUUGCAACGACGGUUUAACGAUCUUGUCACGCGUGGCUCAGAUCUUUUGAAACAUGCCCAAGAGUCCUUACCAUUGGUGCAACAAUUCCAUGAUAAUCAUAAUCGUCUGAUGGAUUGGAUGCAAGGCGCGGAGGCUGCUUUACAGUCCGCUGAACCUCGUGAGGAAGAGAUCAUCCGACUUGAGAUGGAGAUAUCGGAAUACAGACCCGUCUUGGACAAGAUCAACGCUGUGGGCCCGCAGUUAUGUCAAAUGUCGCCGGGAGAAGGUGCUGCGACAAUCGAAGGUCUCGUGACCAGGGACAACAGGCGAUUCGAUGCAAUUGCCGAACAGAUUCAACGAAAGGCAGAAAGAAUUCAAUUGAGCAAACAGCGAUCUUUGGAGGUGAUUGGCGAUAUCGACGAUUUACUCGAUUGGUUCAGAGAAGUGGACAAUCAACUUCGAGAGGCUGACCCGCCCAGCAGCGAGCCUGAAAUUAUUAGAGUACAAUUGAAAGAACAUAAAGCGCUUAACGAUGAUAUAUCCAGUCAAAAAAGUAGAGUCCGUGACGUUAUUUCGACUGCAAAGAAAGUAAUACGCGAGAAUGCUCAGCACGAAGACACAUCUACUAUCAGAGAUAAGAUGGAGGAUUUGCGUGAAACAAUGGAAAUUGUAUCGGCUUUGUCAACAGACAGAUUGGGAGCUCUCGAGCAAGCUUUACCGUUAGCGGAACAUCUUCGCGAUACUCAUGCUGGCCUAGUCAGCUGGCUCGAGGAGGCUGAACAACAAGUCGCUAUGUUACCUAUGCCCGCUUUGCGGCCCGACUUGAUAGCAGCGCAACAGGACAAAAAUGAGCUUCUUAUACAGAGCAUUAACGAGCAUAAACCUCUAGUGGAGAAGCUCAAUAAGACCGGUGAAGCGCUCAUCAAGUUAUGCAACGAAGAAGAAGGUAUAAAAGUGCAAGACAUCUUGGACAAUGAUAACGCUCGCUAUGCUGCAUUGAGAGCCGAGCUAAGAGGCCGACAACAGGCGUUGGAGCAGGCACUGCAGGAAUCCUCUCAGUUCUCUGACAAACUGGAGGGUAUGCUGCGCGCAUUGUCUUCUACCGCCGAUCAGGUGAACGGCGCUGAACCCAUCAGUGCUCAUCCGCCUCGUUUACGUGACCAGAUGGAAGAAAAUGCCGCCUUAGCAGACGAUCUUGCCCAGAGAUCCGAAGCUUACGCGGCUGUUAAAAAAGCAGCGGACGAUGUGAUCAGUAAGGCCGGCAAUAGGGCCGAUCCGGCAGUUAAAGACAUCAAACGCAAGUUGGAUAAACUUAACAGAUUAUGGACCGACGUACAAAAAGCCACGACCGAUCGUGGUCAUACUUUAGAUGACACUCUGGCCGUCGCCGAAAAAUUCUGGGCCGAGCUGAACGGAGUUAUGGCUACUCUGAGAGAACUGCAAGAUGCGCUAGCUGGACAGGCACCACCGGCGGCUCAACCAGCUGCUAUCCAACAACAGCAAGUGGCGUUGCAAGAAAUUCGACAAGAGAUCGAUCAGACCAAGCCAGAUGUCGAGCAAGUCCGAACAUCGGGACACGAAUUGAUGGGUUUGUGCGGCGAGCCAGACAAACCUGAAGUACGAAAGCACAUCGAAGAUUUGGAUCAGGCUUGGGACAACGUCACCGCUCUGUACGCCAGACGCGAGGAGAAUUUGAUCGACGCCAUGGAGAAAGCAAUGGAGUUCCACGAGACAUUGCAGAACCUGUUGGAAUUCUUGCAAGAGGCCGAAGAUAGAUUUGCAGAGAUGGGCCCGCUUGGCAGCGACAUUGAUGAGGUGAAAAAGCAGAUCAAGCAGCUGGCCAAUUUCAAGGCCGAGGUGGAUCCGCAUAUGGUGAAAGUCGAGGCGUUGAACAGGAGUCUGACAAGGCAAGCAGCUGAAUUAACGGAAAGAACAUCCUCCGAACAAGCAGCAGCCAUCAAGGAACCGCUCGGUGCCGUGAAUAAACGGUGGGACGGAUUACUGAGAGGCUUGGUGGAGAGGCAGCGAUUACUGGAGAAUGCGUUAUUACGACUCGGUCAAUUCCAGCACGCUUUGGAUGAAUUAUUAGUAUGGAUUGAAAAAACUGACAAGACAUUGGAUAAUCUCAGACCAGUAGCAGGUGAUCCACAAGUGAUCGAAGUCGAGUUGGCCAAGCUGAAGGUCCUAGUAAACGAUAUACAAGCUCAUCAGACGAGCGUCGAUACUCUAAACGAUGCUGGACGACAAUUGAUUGAGGAUGGUAAAGGUACCGCAGAAGCGUCUACUACAGCCGAUAAACUAGGCACUUUGAAUCGUCGUUGGCGAGAUCUACUGCAACGCGCCGCUGAUCGCCAGCGAGAACUAGAAGAUGCCUUACGAGAGGCACAAUCCUUCACCGCUGAGAUACAGGACUUGCUAUCGUGGUUAGGCGACGUGGAUAACAUGAUAGUAGCAUCCAAGCCAGUAGGUGGAUUACCUGAGACUGCAUCCGAACAGUUGGAACGCUUUAUGGAGGUGUUUAACGAGUUAGAACAAAACCGUCCGAAAGUCGAAACGGUGCUGCAACAAGGACAGGAAUAUUUGAAGAAAGCGGAUACGAGUAGUGCCGGUGGAUUGAAUCACAAUUUGCGAACGUUGAAGCAAAAAUGGGACAAUGUGCUUUCACGAGCCAGCGAUAAGAAGAUAAAGUUAGAAAUUGCUCUGAAGGAGGCCACUGAAUUCCAUGACGCGUUACAAGCUUUCGUCGAUUGGUUGACAAACGCUGAAAAGAUUCUGACGAAUCUUAGACCGGUCUCGAGAGUCAUGGAAACUAUACUUCAACAAAUCGAGGAACACAAAGCCUUCCAAAAAGACGUCGGUGUCCACCGCGAAACUAUGCUAAAUCUCGACAAAAAAGGAACCCAUCUCAAAUAUUUCUCUCAAAAACAAGACGUGAUUCUUAUAAGAAAUUUGCUCGUGAGUGUACAACACAGAUGGGAACGAGUAGUUUCCAAGUCAGCCGAGAGAACGAGGGCUUUAGAUCACGGUUACAAGGAAGCUAGAGAGUUCCACGACAGCUGGUCGAACCUGAUGAACUGGUUGGAUGACACCGAGAAGACUUUGGACGAAGUCGCUGCCGACGGACUUGGCGGCAAUGAUCCAGACAAGAUUAAAUCACGCCUUAACAGACACCGCGAGGUACAAAAGGCACUGAGUGCUAAGCAGAGCACGUACGACAAUACCAUGAAAAACGGCAAAACAUUGAAGGACAAGGCGCCGAAAUCCGAUGAACCUGCUUUGAGGGAACUUCUAAAUGAGUUGAAGAACAAGUGGACUACGGUCUGUGGUAAAUGCGUGGAUCGACAGCGAAAACUGGAGGAAGCCUUACUAUUCUCCGGACAAUUCAAGGAUGCGAUUCAGGCGCUGUUGGAAUGGCUGAGCAAAACCGAAAAAUAUUUGGCCAAUCCUGGACCACUUUACGGUGACCUGGAUACGGUAACCAAUUUAGUGGAGCAACAUAAGAACUUUGAAAGAGAUCUGGAGUUACGCGCCUCGCAGAUGGAAUCCGUCAUUAAAACCGGUCGUGAACUGGAAUCUAAAGCUUCCAUUGAGGAUGCAUCAAUGAUCAGAUCACAGUUAUCUGAAUUAAACAGUCUCUGGGAUAGAGUAACCAAUCUGUCGACGAAGAAAUCCAGACUAUUAGAAGAAGCCCUUAGAGAGGCCGAACGGCUUCAUAAAGCCGUUCACGUGUUGCUGGAAUGGUUGAGUGACGCGGAGAUGAAGCUACGAUUCGCCGGACCGCUGCCGGAAGACGAGCAGGAGAGCAGGAACCAAUUAAUGGAGCACCAGAGAUUCCUCCGCGAGUUACAGACUAAGGAAAUUGAAAAAGAUAAUACGUUAGAGUUGGCACAUAUUAUUCUUGGAAAAGCGCAUCCUGACGGUGCCGCAGUUAUCAAACACUGGAUCACAAUUAUUCAGUCUAGAUGGGAAGAAGUGGCAACAUGGGCCUACCAAAGGAACCAAAGACUGGAGAAUCAUAUGCAGGGACUGCAGGAUCUUGAUAAUCUUCUCGAAGAGUUAUUAGCCUGGCUCGAAGGUUUGGAGAAUACUUUGAAUGCCUUAGAAGCGGAACCUUUGCCCGAUGAUAGGGUUACGCUCGAAAUGCUUAUCGCGGAUCACAGAGAAUUCAUGGAGAACACCAGCCGAAGACAAAACGAGGUUGAUCGCGUGUGCAAGGCCCGACAAAUUAAGCCGAUAAAGGACGCGAGGAAAAUAUCGAAAGUCAGAUCACCAGCGCCUACUAAGGAUCUCUAUCAGGAUAAUGAGCAUGAGCAGUCUCAGCCUCGUAAACAAAGCCGAAGCAGCCCAGGUCGUGACAGAACGCCAGAUCUUUCAUUGCCACACAUCGGUCCACGCUUUCCACCCAAAGGAAGCAAAGGAGCCGAGCCGGAAUUCCGCAGUCCGAGGGUUAAGCUUCUCUGGGAUAAAUGGCGUCACGUUUGGAUGCUAGCGUGGGAACGACAACGCCGUUUGCAGGAUAAAUAUAAUUAUAUUCAAGAAUUGGAUCGCGUUGCUAAUUUCAGCUGGGAAGAUUGGCGCAAACGGUUCCUGAAAUUCAUGAAUCAUAAGAAGUCCAGAUUAACGGAUUUAUUCAGGAAAAUGGAUAAGAAUAAUGAUGGACUCAUACCGAGGGAAGACUUCAUUCAAGGAAUUAUGAACACCAAAUUCGAGACUUCCCGUCUGGAAAUGGGUGCUGUUGCCGAUCUCUUCGAUCGUCACGGCGAAGGCUUGAUAGAUUGGAAGGAGUUUAUCGCCGCUCUGCGACCCGACUGGGAAGAACGACGUACCUACAAUGACACGGACAAGAUACAUGAUGAAGUUAAACGGUUAGUUAUGCUGUGUACCUGUCGCCAGAAGUUCCGCGUUUUCCAAGUUGGCGAAGGAAAGUACAGGUUUGGUGAUAGCCAGAAACUACGAUUGGUUCGAAUCCUGCGUUCCACUGUCAUGGUACGCGUCGGUGGAGGCUGGGUAGCAUUAGACGAGUUCCUUCUAAAGAACGAUCCAUGCCGCGUUUUUCUAAUGCCAAUACCGGAUCCUAACAAACCGGAACAACAUGAGGGUUGGUGUCCGCUCGCCAAGGGAAGAACGAAUAUCGAGCUGCGGGAACAAUUUAUACUGGCGGAUGGUGUUAGCCAGACUAUGACAGCCUUCCGUUCCAAGCCGAGUCCGACCUCGACGCUGCAGCGUACGCAAAUGUCCUCCACCAAUGCUGGACCAAUCACAAAGGUGAGAGAACGCAGUGCUCGCAGCGUACCUAUGGGUCAGUCGCGAGCUUCGCGUUCAUCUUUGAGCGCUGGCACGCCUGAUAGCCUUAGCGACAACGAAAGUUCCUUCAAGAUAUCUAGAAAAACCAGUACGCCUUACAGAUCUACCAUGACGCCCGGUGGUAGCCGUCCAUCUAGCAGACCAGCAUCAAGACCUGCCUCCCGACCAGCCAGUAGACCGAGUAGCCGACCUGCGUCGAGACAAGGAAGCAAACCGCCUAGUCGAUAUGGAUCAACGCAGUCGUUGGAUGACGAUUCAUGCACCCCAAGUCGCAUUCCGCGAAGAACCAUCAUAGGCUCCGGUAAUACUCCGACGUCCAGUAGACAUAACAGUGUAUCUGGUAGAAAACUCACAACUCCGAUGAACGGAUCGAGCUCUAGACCCCGCACUCCAACGGGAUUAAUCAGCCCCGCCAGCGGAGUACCCUCUAGGUUUGGCUCAAUCCAUAGAGCUUCGAGCAUUCCAACCCUGACUGGUGUCGGAACACCUAUCAGCCGCUCUAGGAUACCCGUAUAUGUGGGGGUGGAUAUAAAAUCUCCUCAGUCGACCACCAGCAAUAUGUCGACUCAUUCAACACAAAGCAACCAUUCUACGAUUUCUACUGAUUCCACUGGGAGCAGUUCCCUGUGUACCAAUUCAGCAACUAAUAUACCAACAGCCAUUAAGCAAGCUAGGGUACGUACACCGUCCAGUGGAUCCAGCACACCGCUACCGCCGUCUUCAAAAUUAUCGAGGAAACCCUCCGGAGCUUCCGACACGUCAAUGUCGGGAACGACUCCGAACACACGAAAGGGAAAACCCACACCGAUCGAACAGCGCGCGCCGUUCCGAUUAUAAUAGCUUAUUAACGGAUACUUAUAGCUUGUAAAGUCAGCAUAUUAUACCCGAGAAUAUAAAGAUAAAUAUAAAAUAUCCCCGCCAAAUUUAAGAAAGAUUGUAGGUAUUGCAGGGAACAUAUGAGUAGGUUAUUGUUGUUAUAUGUCGAAGGAGAAAAGCGCGUGUAAUAUGUGAAUGCUAAAUUAAAUGCUGGAUCAAAAUUUCGUAGAAGGCAAAUGAUGAAUCUAGGAGUUACGAUUUUAUCAUUCAUAUUUCGUUGAAUUUCGCCAAGUACUGAAUGCCAUUAAAAUUACAGAUACCAAUGUGAGUAUUUUAUACUCUCUUAGGGUAAGGGAUUACAGUUGGGGAAAUUUAUUUAUUUCAUGCCCGCGUUAGAAAGUGCUUAAAGCGUUUAUCUAGUUUAUGAUAACACAUAACAGUGAAAUAAAUUAUUGUUAUAAAUACCAUGAUCUGGUAUUACCAAGAGUGCAGGGUAAUGCUGUAUAAUUGAAAAUAUUUAGGUGAUUCCUAAAUAUUUAGGAAUCACCGAUUUUCUUGCGCUAAGGACAAUACUACUAAAAAGAUUUUAGCAUAAAAAAAAGAAAUCAGCGUUAUAUGUAUAAUAAUUACACUUAUGUUUGAUAUAUAUAACUAGAUGCCUGUGUAAUUACUUUUAUAUAAUUUAAUAUAGUUUGCUCAUUUUGCAUGCAUAUCUUUGCGUGCUUUAUAUACCGCGUAAAUUAUCGAGGGUUUUCUCGAUAAAAAUUUUUGAGCUAUAUAUUUGAGCAAAUUAUAUACGCGGAGACAUUAAUUUAUUUAAUAUUUUUUGCUUGACUUAUUGUAUUCAUAUGAUGUAAUUAACGUCUAAUUCGCAUUUGUUAAAAAAAAAGGAAGAAUCUUGUAUGCGAUUUUAGAUUAGAUGAUACAGAUUGUAAACCGAAUUCAUUUUUGUUAUCCGUUUCGCAAAUUGCACCGUACAUAUUUUCGAUUAAUUAUGUACUUGUAAAAAUCAGAUUAAAUGUUUUUUUUUUUUAUUUUUUUUUAUUGAGUACGCUGAUUGAGUAACUGAAAUGUCAAACCGUGGAUAUUGAUUUACAAUCUUUACAAAUCUACUUGAUAUUACUUUUAAACAUAUUUUGAUAUUUAUGUUGUUGCGAAACGGAAUAUCUCGUUGCUUUGUGAAGAAAUAUGUACGACAGUAAUCAAAUGUAGUUUAGAAUUAUGCACAAGUUUAAUCUUGGAGCGGUCGCUUCGAAAAAGUGCAAUUUUUCACAAAAUUACAUCUAUGAAAUUUUUUUAAAUACAUCUUUCACGCGUCAAUACAUAUUUUAUGUCGUUUGUCGAGUAUGAAAUGUCAUGAAAAAGGCUGAGAUCACACACGUGUCCGCUCUAAGAUUAACGUGCGAUAUGCUUUUGUUACAUGUUUGCGAAUCGAUUUAUCGAUUAAUGAUCAAUUAAUAGAUAAGUAAAUAAUUAUUAUAAUUAUAAUUACAUAAUUAUAUAAAAUAUUAUAUAAUUAUUAAUUAUAAUUGACUAAUGAGAAAUUUAAGAGUUCGGGGGAACAUACCUAACAGCGUUAAAAUAAAAAAAAAGAGAAAACUAUACGUGUGAAUAGUUAAGUAAAAUAUAUUCCAUUGCGCGAAGUGUGGCCUGUUAGGUGACGGGUAGAAAAGAGAAACUCUGAAAAAAAGACAUUUCCAUUUUUUUUACAUAUAUACUUUUAGAUGCGAUUAAUGUAACGGAGAUAUGACUCGCUGCCUCUUAUAAAUAUUACGUAAUGCGAUUAAUCUUAUUAACAACUUCUCAACGUAUGAUUUUUGUUUCUUUUUCACUUACAGAGAAGUGCUGUAUGAUGCUAAUAUUAAUAAUAAUAAUGAUGAUGAAACAGUGA